AUGUCUGCGCACGUGUUGACUAAGCGCUUAGCCUUACGGCGUCUACGAAUCUCAGCACUACGUAUGUUGUCAACGAUCGAUUCUACUUCUAGUACGACAAAUACCAUUCUCGCUUCCGAGACAACGAACACUGCGGAGAUAUCGGAAGAGGACUUGGGCAAUCUGGCAGGCGUACCAAUCUCGCAGGCUACAAAGACUCAUCGUUUGAAAUUCUUUGAAUUUGCUAAGGAGCAACAAGAUCAGCUUUUUCCUGAGGGCAUUGGCCGUCGCAUGGACAAUACGUUUGAUCUCCUAGGUCAACGUCAUAUUAUGCUUCGCGACACCACGCUUAAGAUUAUCUCGGCAAUGAAAGAUUGGGAAACGGCAAAAAACGACUCCAUCGGUGCAUAUCUAAUUGACGGUAUCCGUGGCACGGGUAAAAGUUUUGCGCUGCAUCAGAUUGUACAAUUCGCUCGUGAAAGCAAUUGGGUGGUACUAUAUGUCCCCAAUCCUCGCUCGUGGACCCAUGAGGCUCCAUACGUGGUUUUGUCGCCUUACCAGGAAGGCAAAUUCGACAUUGAUGUGUACGGAGUAGAUUUGCUGCAAAAGUUUCUUCAUUGCCAUGGCGAACAAAUUAAGUCCAUUCCACUUCGUGGUAAAUACACCGACCGCUACUACCCGACCAACAAAUUCGAGUCCAAACCCAAAGUAGUUUCGGACUAUGCGGAGGCUGCGUUGACAUUGCAUGAUGUUGUUGUCUGUGGUAUUCGUGACGAGGAGUUGGCAUGCCAGGCCGUGUGUGACCUUAAAGCCGAACUAGCGCAAACUACGGAGUUCCCUGUCCUCAUUGCCAUUGAUGACUACAAUACGUGGUUCCAACCAACUGUAUUCGGCUACGAGGGCAAGGACGUGGCAGCCGAUGACAUUUCAGUCAUCUCUUCAUUAAAGGACAUUGGACCAAAGGGAUAUGACAAGUCUCGCAAGCUCAAAAAUGGCCUAUUUGUCGCCGCCGUUACGGAAAAUUUUCCUUCAAAAGUGCACUUUAAAAAUCAGGUGGAUUAUCGUGAGAUUCGCACCACGAUGUACCCUUACACGACCGAGGAGCUUGCAACCAUUGUCUCGUAUUACAACCAAAUGAGCUUUUUGCAUGACAAGCCUACGGACUCGCAAUUAGCAUACUUUAGGCUUAUGACGAAAUCGCUCCCGCUCCACGUAUUUGACCUAAAUUGCAUUAAACGAGCCAUGCAACACAAAGAAGAUGGUAGAAAUGAUCCUUUUCUAAAAAACAUAAUUUUAGUGAAUCAUAUACCAAAUAUGGAGCCGUCGGCUGGGGCCUCCGCUGCGCGCAUGACUCUGUCGCCAGCUGACGUUAAAAAGCUAAUGGAUGCAGCUCUGCGUAUGCAACGUGCAGGUCAAAAGGACCAUCCAAAAUACCAGCAAAUUGUGGCGCUUUUGCGGCAAUAUCAGCAGCAACACCGUGCGCGUCAGCAGAUGCAGAUGCAGUCUCAAAUGCAAUUUCAAGCUCAAGCAUCUGCCCAGUCUCUAGAAGUAGCUGCUAACCCGUUUCUGCAGCAGAAAACGAUGCUAUUUUCCGAACGACAACUUGAAUACUUGCAUAAUCAGAUCCGCGCUUACAAAGCGCUAUGUCACUCGAUGGAUACAGCCAUUGCUCAGGCCAAACAGCUGAGUGCAGCAGCUCCUAGUAUGCAACCAUCAGAUUUUACUAAUUAUAAAAUGGGGGCGUCUGUCGAGCCUUUUGUCCAGCAACCACAACCUCCAAUUGGGGAUCCUCCAGUACUAGAACUUUUGACUCCUAAAUGGACAAGAGCAGCACGCAACUUACUCUACACUGGUCCCGAGUAUAUGGAUGGUGAUCUGAUUCGUAUUGAGGAGAAAGGCGAGUUAGCCUUUGGGCCGUAUAAUAUCUGCUCUCGUUGGCUUGGACUGAAUGACGUUGCAUUAAAAAUGCGGUACAUGCACGCGCUGCAGCAAUUUUUGGUGUCGAGUCUGGAUAAAUUGGAGAAGCAUGCGGAAACUUUGGACGAGAAUGAGCAACGUACGUUACGAGAUCUGCGCUGUUUGCUGCUACAGCAAAAGUUACGGCGUCACGUUGCUAAAGCGCACACAACGCGAUUGGCAUUAUUAGGAGAGCCGUCUGCAGUCGACCGCAAGUCUUUUCGACGCCGUCGCCCAGCCUCGCGUGUGGAAUUACAAAGUGAUGAACGCGAGAAACGUAAAAGGUCUGUGGCAAUGGAAAAGAAACGACGUGCAAACCAUCAAAUGUACUUAAAAGCUAUCCUUAACCACUCGCGCGAGUUUUUUGCUUAUCAUAAGAAUGUCAAAGCGCAGAUCAGCAAGUCUGCAAAGAAUGUCAAGGCAUUUAUCGAUCAAAAAGCUUCUAAGGCUGAACGCGAGGAAGAUCGUCAGGAAAAACUACGGCUCAAAGCUUUAAAAGCAAACGAUAUGGAAGCUUAUGGAAAGUUGGUGGCAGAAGCAAAGAAUGAGCGUCUGACUUACUUACUGAGCCAAACAAAUAGUUACCUCGAUAGUAUUCGAAAGUUGGUUCGUCAGCACAAGAAAAAGCAUCACGUUGUUGAUGAAUACACGGCACAGUAUGAUGCUCGUUAUGACGAUGGUGGUAAGGAAAAAAACGAAGAUGACAUGGAUGACGAUUUAAACUACUUAGAAAUCGCUUCGAAAGGAGAACUUCCACGGCAGCCACUUAUGUUAGUAGGUGGUGAUCUAAAGGAGUAUCAGUUGCGAGGGUUGCAGUGGAUGGUGUCAUUGUAUGACAACCAUCUUAAUGGUAUUCUGGCUGAUGAAAUGGGGCUUGGCAAGACGAUUCAGUCGAUUUCGUUACUUACAUACGUGACGGAGGUGAAGCACAAUCACGGACCAUUUCUUGUGGUCGUGCCAUUAUCAACCUUAUCAAAUUGGGUAAAUGAAUUCAAGAAGUGGGCACCUGAUCUCGUGCUUGUAGUGUACAAGGGUGCGCCACAGGUGCGUAAAGAGCUGUACAAGCAGGAGAUGGCAUCAUGUCAAUUCAAUGUGCUUCUGACAACAUACGAGUACAUUAUGAAAGACAAGCAUGUUCUUCGGAAGUAUGGAUGGCAGUACAUUAUUGUGGACGAGGGUCAUCGUAUGAAGAAUGCCCAGAGUAAAUUUGCCAUGACGCUCGGAAGUAUGUACACGUCGCGAAAUCGGUUGCUCCUGACCGGUACGCCGUUACAAAACAGCCUUCCAGAGCUAUGGGCACUUCUAAAUUUCUUGCUUCCAACAAUUUUUGAAUCUGUGGAUACUUUUGAACAGUGGUUUAGUAAACCAUUUGCACAAUUUUCUGGUAAUGGUGACUCUAAUGAGCUGUCCGAUGAAGAACGAAUGCUUAUUAUCAAUCGGCUACAUCAGGUGUUGCGUCCGUUCUUACUGCGUCGUGUCAAAGCAUCUGUGCUGGACCAGCUUCCAGACAAGGUAGAGAAGGUGCUAAAGUGUGAGCUUUCGGGGUGGCAGAAAAUUAUGUACCGGCGUAUCCAGGAAGGGGGAGCGCUUCUCAUGGAGACAACAGAUGAUGCUGGCAAAAAGAAAGGAAAGGCAAAAUAUACGUCCAAGGGUUUGUCGAACGUGCUGAUGCAACUGCGGAAAGUGUGUAACCACCCAUAUCUUUUCCAGACAAACGGCUAUCAGAUUGAUUUUGAUAUCGUGCGAUCAUCUGGAAAAUUUGAACUCUUAGAUCGCAUGCUUCCAAAGCUGAAAGCUGCCGGCCAUCGCGUCUUGAUGUUUAGCCAAAUGACACAGCUCAUGCACGUUUUAGAGGACUACUUUAACUACCGCGGUUUUCGAUACCUUCGUUUGGAUGGCUCAACGAGUGCUGAUGAGCGCGAGCAGCGCAUGUUCAUGUUUAACGCACCGGAUUCCCCAUUCUUCAUUUUUCUUUUGAGUACUCGUGCUGGAGGUCUUGGUCUAAAUCUUGCAACAGCCGACACAGUAAUUAUCUUUGACAGUGACUGGAACCCUGCCAUGGAUGCUCAAGCUCAGGAUCGCGCACAUCGCAUUGGUCAGAAGAAUGAAGUGCGCGUUUUUCGCCUCGUCACCAAUAGUCCUGUGGAGGAAAAAAUUCUCUCGCGUGCUACGGACAAGAUGAAUAUGAAUAACCUUGUUGUCGAAGCUGGUAAGUUUAACAACAAAUCAAAGGAGGCAGAUCGACGUGCAAUGCUGGAGAGUCUCAUCAAGAUGGAACAAGAAGAGGCUGCACAUGCUGCGCAUGGUGACGAUGAAUCGUCAAAUGUUUUACUAGAUGACGAAAUCAAUGAGAUGAUGGCCUUGACAGAUGAGGAACUUGUCCUGUAUAAUAGCUUGGAUGUAGAACGUAACAUCCGCGAAGCAAAAGAAUGGGAAGAGUAUUGCAGACAGUGCAACAUCCCCCACUUUCCUCGGUCUCGACUUAUGUUGGAGAAGGAUGCCCCAAGUUGGUUACGCGAAGCAGACGACGUGAUGGAGCGCGACAUUGCAUCUGGAAAACAUGACAAAGAUGCGUGGAAUGUCGAUAUGGAGGCUAUCUCAGGAAAGCCUCGGAAGCGCAAAGAGAUGUCGUAUCGUGACCAAUUUACCGAUGCUGAAUUUGUGAAGAUGUGCGAGGACGGUAUAGAUGAAAAGGAAACAAAGGCGACAACGAUGGAUCCUAAGGAACUAAAGGCCACGACAACCAAAUCUAUUGAGCUUAAGCGAAAGCGUGAAGAAGACAAAGAGUUUAUCGACCCACACUCUAUCGACUUCGACGACGAAACACUAAAUGAGGAUGAUUCCGGAAGGCGCGAACGUAAAAUGCUGUGUUACUACUACAAAAAAGUAUAUGACGCCGUUGUCAAGCUUAAAGAUCCGACUGGGCGACUGCGAAGCGAGUUGUAUGUAGAAAAACCAUCUGCAGUGGAAUAUCCUGAUUAUUACACGAUUGUGCAGCAGCCAAUGGAUUUGUUAACGAUCAAAGCGCGUCUUGACGAAUAUAAUUACGCAUCUCAUGACGAGUUUGAAGCGGAUUUUAACCUCAUGGUAGGUAACGCGCAGCUAUAUAAUCAUCCUGAGUCAUUAGUAGUGCUCGAUGCAUUGGAAAUCGACAAGUGCGUUAAAACGAAGAUGAAACCACUGCGCUUGAAAACAAUGGAGCAGAUUGCGGCAGCUUAUGAGAAGGCUAAGAAGGACCACAAGCGGCGCUCUAAAAAUCGUAAGGACAAGAAAAGGCGCCACCAUUAA